GUACGGUCCUUCAGUUGCCAUUUUGAGUGAAGGUGAGCACCCUGCACCAUCCACAGCGUAUUUUAGCAUCAUCUUUGCAUUUAAACAUAUACAUACGCUUUGCUCUGUUCGAUUAUCGAGGGGGAAGCGCUGUGGUCGAGAUUUUGGUGCUAUAGCUUCUUUGCAUUUUCUACUUGGUAAGGUCUACACCUGAUAGCUGACUAAAUAUUCCUAUUGGGAGACAAAGGCAUUAUGUUGCUUCAUAAAGACCCAAAUGGAGAAAAGGCUCAUAUUUUUAAGUGGGGUGUCAAAAGGGGAGUUGGUCGAACGAACAAAGAUAUCCACUUUUACGAGUCAUUUACUUACCAUGGUGUGGAAUACUUUCUUUAUGAUUGUGUUCAUUUUCAAGACAUUGGCACUGUUGAGAGUUAUAUUGGCAAGCUUGUGAAAAUAUAUGAGACUCCAACACAUGAAAAGAAAGUAAAGGUGGUAUGGUUCUUUCGUCCUGGUGAAAUACGUAAUUUUUUAGGAGAUUAUGAGCCAAGGUGGAAUGAGAUAUUUUUAGCAUCUGGCGAGGGUAAAGGUCUUUCCAACAUUAACCAUUUGGAAGCCAUUGUCGAUAAAUGCAAUGUUAUUUGUGCAUCAUCUGACAAGAGAAAUCCUCAACCAACUGAGCAAGAGUUAAAAUUGGCUGAGUACAUUUUCUAUUGUUCUUUUGAUGUCAGAGAAUGCAAAAUACUGAAGAACUUUGCAGAUCAUAUAGAUGGAAUCAAAGUGGAACAUUUUUUCAACAAAACAAAAGAUAAGGUCAUCUCCCAGCCAACUCUCAAGCUAGUUGUGAAAGGGAAUGGUCAUGAAGUAAGAAAGGAAUCCAAGGAGGUCACAGCUGUUUUAGGUGAGCAAGAAGACAUUUCCUAUGAGCAUGCCAUUUUGAGCCGCAAAAGUCCUAAUGACAGUGGUGGAACUGGUCCUAGCAAAAUCCCAUGCAGCCAAGUUGAUGAUAAAGCUAAAAAAGUUAGAUCUUACAGGGAUUCCUUUACUUUUGAUACAUCAAAUAUCCAGCCUCAUAAGAAGAGAAAGUUAUCUCAGGGUGAAAGGGAAGGAACUGUUUCUAACAAAGUAGGCCCUCGAGUUGCACUAGAUAGGGGUGCCAAAACUGUCGGCAAGGUUACUACAAGACCAGACUCUGAUAAAAGACAUUGGUUCAAGGAAACAACCUGGGGAGACAAAUUGCGGAUGGCUGAAGAAGCAGGUACCUUGGUUUUGCUUGAAAAUUUGGAUAGAUCCAUCACAUCAUCAGAAAUAGAGGAUCUGCUUUUGCAUGCACUUAACCAAAGGGUUCAGGCAAAGGUGAUCCAUCACAGUACUUUCUCUAGCCCACAGAAUGAUUCAGGACUGGUAUUGUCAUAUGCCAUAACAGGUAAAUGUUUAGUUAUAUUUGAGUCAAAAGAUGCAGCUGACUCCUCAGUAUCCAAGCUGCAGAGGAGCUGCCUAAUGAUGGCUGGAGGGAGACCUCUUGUUUGUAGCACGUUUUCUCUGAGGGAUCCUGCUAAACCUGCCACAUUCAUGGGCCAUAUCUGUCUUUCCAGAAUCAAGCGAAGGCAAUCCGAAGAGAUGGUAAUGAAUAUCACCAAGCAGUUUAUAUUUUCUUUCCUUGUACUGCAGCCCAAUACCGUGGAACAUGUUAUGGCAAUGGACUGGCGCGUGCUACAGGAGAAGUCUGAUAAUUGGUGGAAGCAAUUACACAUGAGGCAAGCGAAGGAAAUAGAAGAUGCGCGGAACCAGCUAAGAAUGAAUUAUGAUAACUAGCCAAGUUAAAUUAGGGAGCAUUGGGAAAUUUUUGAUGUUUUUGGAAUUAUGGAGGGCAUACAAGGGUUUUUUUUUUUUUGGCUUCACUGAUAGGACAAGCGGAAAUUCCUAAAUGGUAGGGUGUAGUUUAGAAAGGCACAUUGAUUCUGGUGAUUGCUUCUUUCACCUCGAUUUCCUGUCAGGUACUUCAACAAUCUUGAAAACCUCUCUAUGUAUAGCAUGUUAGAACGGACAAGGUGUUAAUUCAACAAUGCAAUUUUAUCCUGGUA